UCAACCUCCGCCUCCGAUAAAAAAAAAGGCGGUUGCGAAAAAAAAAAAAAGAGAGGCACAUCACAUCAUCAGCUUCCCCGCUGUCAUUUCCACGAUUAAUUCUAACACAGCGCUUUAAUCACAACUGACAAUUACCAUCGACCUUCCCUUUCCCUCUUCCCCCGUUCGAACCGAGAAAACCGGAACAAUGACCACCCCCAACACCCAAGACGACGACCCCAUCAUCGCCUCCUACAACAUCUACCUCACGGACUCGGAGAUCUCGCGCUACGUGCUGCAGUACCUCGACCGCCCGACGGGGUACAGCUACGACGACCGUCACGGUCAGAAACCCACGGGCUUCCGGCUGAAGCCCUCGACGGGCCUCGUCGAGGUCGACGUGCCCAUCAACACCCGCGUGAACUACGACGUCAGCAAGGGGUUGCGCUACGGCGAUGCGCUGAAGAGAUCCCAGCGCGCCAGGGAGGGGGGCGCCUACGGGAUGGCCGGGGGGUUCAGUACUGGGGGGAGCAGUGGUGGUGGUGGUGGUGCUGGUGGGAAAGUCAAGAUGGAAGGUGCCGGUGCCGGUCCGAUGCAGGUCGAUGAGGGGAAGGAGACGGCGCAGUUGUUGCGGGUGCAGACGCUGGGUGGGCGGAUUAAGGGGUUCGAGGGCGGUGAUCCGGUUUAUAUGUUGGGGGCUUUUCGGGGGGAAAAUCUUCAUCUGUCGCCGGUGACCGCGGUGGUGCAGUUGCAUCCCCAAUUGCAUCAUCUCGAUGCCUUGGAUGAGAUCCCGGCCAAGGGGAAGGGCAAGGGUCGCGGCAAGGAUGGGGAGGAGGAGCGGGCGGGGCCGGCGGGCGAGAAUGAGGCCCGCGCCAUCGAUGUUAAGAUUAAGGCGGCCGGGGAGGAUGGGGAAGCGGCUACGGUUGCGGGCAACCUGGACCUCUUGAAGCAGAUGCAGGAUGAGAAGUGGAGGGAUUAUGAGUGGGUGGAUGCUGAGACCGAGGAAUCGUGGCAACUAUACGAGAACUACAUGAUGCAUCAGGAUGUCGAGACUCUGCCGCAGCUGCAGUCGGCGAUCGAGUCCGAGGAGUAUCUGGAUAAGAUGAGCGCGCCCCGGAUCGACCCUGCUCGGCCGGAGUUGACGGGUUGGGCGAUGAAGCAGAACCGCAAGAAGCAGCGCGAGGAGGCAUUGCCCCGGGAGGGGGCUGCUGGGGACGGUGGGCAGCAGUAGGUAUAGGUAGGUAUAGGCAUGUUAGUUUACAGAUGGGUUACGACAGGGCAAUGACUUGCAUUAUUUUUUUGCUAGUACCGAGAUAUCACUGUACGGAGUAACUUAGAGAUACGAGACCUACUUGUUUGAGGAAUGAUGAGCACCACGCAC